AUGACAAGGACAAAGCAACAUAAGAGGGUAUCGUCUGAAGAGUUGGCCGAUCGUCGUGCCUAUCUCCACGCUUCUCAUAGGCGAGGUGAUCAUGAUACAGAUGUGUCGACUUCUCGGAAGGGGGCUAGGAAGGGGGCUCCGAAGGCGACCACUGAGGUUCCUGCCCCUGCUACGGAGGUUCCUGCCCCUGCCACUGAGGUUCCUGCUCUCUCGACGCCUGAGGUUACUGCUACUGAGGUUUCUCCUCAGUCGACGCCUGAGGUUACUGCCCACGAUACUGUUGAGCCUUCCACCUCUUCACUUGAUAUUGAUGCAGUUGAGGAGCCAUUGGAGUCGGAGUCGGAGUCGGGGUCUGAGUCUGAGAUUGAGGGUGAGGAUGUAGAGGUAGAGGAUCCAAAUAUGCCGCCGCUCCAGAGAAAUCCACCGUUUCCUGGUGGGCCGGUUGAGUUGUCACUUCUGCAGCAUUACCCGGAUCACAUAGCGCCGUGGACGUGGCAUACCCUACUAGGCACCACUGACCCUCGUUAUUCUGAGCGAGGUGAUUUGAGGCUUGCCACUACUGGUACGAAGCUCGGGCUGAUGACGUGUGAGGGGGACAAUUACAGGGAGGUCCGCUUGAUUGUGGAGAGGAGCGGACUGUAUCCACUGGUCAGGUGCAGCUAUGUAGAGACGGACCCAGGGCUUAUAUCGGCCCUUGUGGAGAGGUGGCACGAGGAGACUAGUAGUUUCCACAUGCCAUUCGGGGAGAUGACUGUCACCCUUGACGACGUCUCCGCUCUUCUUCACAUCCCGGUUGGUGGGAGAUUCUACACUCCAGGAGUGGCCUCGAGAUAUGAUGUGGCAGAGACCUGCGCUUUGCUGUUAGGGGGGAUGCAGAUUUGUACAUGGCUGAGUUUGAUGUGA